CAUAAACUUGCGAGCACCAUGAACUUUUGCCGCGGAUUCUCGGCGGUGUCCCCUACUCUCAUCCUGGUCGCAUGUGUUGCAUGUGUCGUCAGGGCAAGGCCCCUGGCCACGACAGCCGACGAUACGGACGCCAUGCAUUACCUUAUCAAAUACGGAUAUCUUGAACCCGGAGAGGAUCACCAGAACCCAUUUCUACGCCAUAUAGCACUAUUGCAAUUUCAGGAUUAUUUUGGCCUGCCAAAAACGGGUAGAGACGACGAUGACACUAUGAAGAAGAUGGAGGAAGAAAGAUGCGAUCUCAGAGAUCCCGUGUCUAGUACAGCACUGGAGAUCUUUGCUAACGUGCUAAAUCUACCGACUGCUGGUUUCGAUGUUUUAUCUGACGUCCCUGGGGAAGGACAGCAACGAUCCUGGUUCAAGUGCACGCUGCGAUGGAAAAUUGUGAAGCCUAGCCAAAACCUCAAAGAGUCUGAUGUCAGGAAUAUUGUGACACAAGCGAUGAAGAAAUACGAGGGCGCACUGAAUCAGGAUCAGAACGAAUAUACCUUCAGCAUCGAGGAAGCGAGAGAUCAGGAAGAUCCCGACAUUAAGCUCUUAUUUGUCACCGGGAAUCACGGUGAUACGUUCACCUUCAAGAAAAAAGAUGGCGUAGCGCAUGCAUUCUACCCAACAGAGGGCGCCAUUCACUUCAACGACGACUCAAACUGGACGAUCAAAUCUAAAGAUGGAAUUGAUUUCGAACCUGCAGUAUACCACCAGAUCGGUCACGCAUUCGGCAUGGAGCAUUCGAGAAAUACGAGCGCAUUAAUGAACCCGAUUUUCAAACGUGCCGAUGUGCCCAUCUCCUUAAGUGCUGACGAUAUCGAAAGAAUGAAAAAACUAUAUCCGCCACGGUUUUGUGAACGGAUACACAUGGAUCGUACGUGAGCGUGCAGCAACAGUCUCCAGCAACAUUCUGGCGCGAACGAUGCUUACCGUGACCGCGCCACACGUCUUCUUCACUACCCCUCAUACGAUCGCCCUGUUACGUCACAAGAUGGCGUCUAACAACAACAUCGACGCGCAUCUCAGCACAUCUUCAACUUUUCCUCAUAUGCCCGUAGAAUUCCACUGCGACAUCUUCGGUGGUGUCACCUGCUUGUUUACGCGCGCAGAGUAAUUCAACACAUGCGGGCCGGAAAUGAACUUAGUCGUCACUUCGUUUGCGACUUUUUAACGGCUAGUACAAUGCGAUGGUUCGCAUGGCACGGAUAUAUAAGUACAUAGGUAGAAAAAUGUAGAUAGUACGUACAUUUACGUGACUAUAUAUCCGUGUAUUAUGUUUAAUAAGAUUUGCACAACGUAGAACUGUUACGAUAGCUACUUGAGCACUUCAGUGUAAAGGCUUCAUGAUUGUCGUCAAAUGAAGAAACGUUUUGCGUGACCUGCGUAUCCAUUACAAACCCUUUCAAGCUUAUUUAUGCAAAUGAAUACGCGUUUUAUCGCAAUUUAAACAGAGUCUGAUCAUUUCGUUUGCCAGUGUUUUGUAUUUAUUUUGUUAAAUAGUAAGUUAAAUAUAAGUUUUUAAAUAGCUCUAAACGUAGACAAAUGAAUGCCAUGAAAAUGUAAUGCUUGUAAAUAAUGCGUUUGAUAAACUGUAAAUAUUCUGUUUACGUUCUAGUGAACUGUUACAUGCCAAGUCUGUGUUUGUAAAUAUUGCGCACGAAUAGAUCUACGCGGUGACUUGUUGAAAGCGAGGUACUUUUACGCAUAUAUUGAUAAAGUACUACUGAUAUGGGCCGAAUAAAAUGCUGAAAAAAA